AUGCCUUUUCUGCUGUGCUUGAAAAAAAAAAAGUCACCUGUGCCUUUAGGCAGGAGUAUCUUUCAAAAACAUACCCCUCCUAUCCAGCAGAACUACCAGGCUUUGCUGGAGUUGUGCUUGAAGGACAAACGGUUGUUCACAGACGACGCCUUCCCUGCUCACAUCAGCUCUAUUGGAACGGGAGCACUGCUGAAGAAACUGCCCCAAAAUUUACAGUGGAAGAGGCCACACGCUUUGCACAAAAGUCCUGUGUUUUAUGCUGCAAACAGAAAGCAGCUUGAUCUCUGCCAAGGACUGGUAGAGAACUGCUGGUUCCUGGCGGCCCUGGAAGCCCUGACAUUCCACCAGGACAUCUUGGCUGCAGUUGUGCCACAAAACCAGAGCUUUGAGAGGAAAUACGCGGGCAUUUUCCACUUCCGGUUCUGGCACUUCGGGGAAUGGAUUGACGUGGUGGUUGAUGAUCGCCUGCCGGUGAAUGAGGCGGGGGAGCUGCUCUUUGUUUCCUCGGUCUAUAAGAACGUGUUUUGGGGAGCCCUUCUGGAGAAGGCAUAUGCUAAACUCUAUGGCUCCUAUGAAGAUCUGCAGAUUGGGCAAGUUUCAGAAGCCUUGGUGGAUUUUACAGGGGGUGUCAAUACAAGGAUCAAGCUUGCAGAAGCGCCUCCUGAUCUGUGGGAUAUCCUGACAAGAGCCACCUACAGCCGAUCUCUCAUGGGCUGUCAGACACACUUAGGGACAACAAAGGUCCUGAAGAAUGGGCUUGUUGCUGGCCAUGCCUACACAGUAACUGGUAUUAGAAAGGUGACCUGUCAAUAUGGACCAGAAAACCUAGUGAGACUGAGAAAUCCAUGGGGAAAAAUUGAGUGGAAAGGAGACUGGAGUGACAGCUCUUGCAAGUGGGAGCUGCUGAGCCCGAAGGAGAAAAUUUUGCUGAGGAAAAAGAAGGAGGAUGGAGAAUUCUGGAUGUCUCUGCGAGAUUUUAAGAUUCAUUUUGUAGAUUUGGUGAUCUGUAAAUUAACUCCAGACCUGAUGAGCCAGGAAGAUGGGAAAAAGUGGAUGUACUCCUUGAAGAGUGGGAGAUGGGUUAAAGGAAGUACAGCAGGAGGAAGUCUGGGAUUCUGUAAUGGCAACUUUUGGAUGAACCCUCAGUACUGGCUGAAUGUGUUGCCAGUUGAAGACAGUAAGAGAAGCCCAAGCACAUGCAAUGUGGUCAUAUCCCUCAUGCAGAAACACAGCACCAAACACCGGAACCGAGCCCCUCACCUGUUCAUUGGAUUUUUACUCUAUAAGGUGGACCUACAGUACCAGGAGAGCAACAGAAAGCUGCCCCCAGGUUUCUUCACCCGACAUCAGCCUGUGAACAAGCACCAGGUUUUCCUUGAUGAGCGGGAAGUGACUCAUGACUUCCAUCUGGAGCCUUGUGUCUACGUGAUUGUCCCAUCCACCCUGGAGCCGCAGCAAGAGUCCGAGUUCAUCCUGCGGGUCUUUUCCAGGAAGCACGUCCUUCGGGAAAUGGGUGGGAACACGAGCUUCACCCUCUCUAAGGAAAUUGUUGAUAGGUAUGAAGGCAAGAUUUGGGAGGAUUUCUUCACAAAGCAUUUUGAACAGAAUCCUGAAAUAAAUGCUGUUCAGCUCCAGAGGAUCUUGAAUAAUGUAUCUUGGAGAAAUUUCCAGAGUUUUCGCCUGAAUUUCAGUCUGGAUUCCUGCCAGGGUAUCUUGGCACUCCUGGAUCUGAAUGCCACUGGCACACUGAGUAUCCAGGAAUUCAGAAUCCUGUGGAAAAGGCUGCUUUUCUAUUUGGUAUGA